CUCCAGCCCCACUCCGAAGAUCCUAUCAAAUUCGUAUUUCCCACCCCCUCCUUCUCCCAUACCAACUCCCGCGGCAACAAGAGAUAAAGGAGAGGUGUCUCUCUCCAUCUUGGUUUCUAUUGCAGGGACAUGGAGAUGUGUUAUGAAGUUAUCUGCACCUUCCUUCUCCUGGCCCUUCUCGCCUAUCUCCUCACGAGAAACCACACGAGAAGACCCCAAGCAAAAGUGAAACUCCCGCCGGGUUCCAUGGGAUGGCCUUACAUAGGAGAGACCCUUCAGCUCUACUCGCAAGACCCUAAUAUCUUUUUUGCCACAAAACAGAAACGGUACGGGGAGAUCUUCAAAACCCAGGUGCUGGGUUACCCUUGUGUGAUGCUGGCCAGCCCGGAGGCCGCCAGGUUCGUCCUCGUGACCCAAGCCCACCUCUUCAAGCCCACGUACCCUCGGAGCAAGGAGCGGAUGAUCGGCCCGUGGGCUCUGUUCUUCCACCAAGGGGACUACCACAUGCGGCUGAGGAAGCUGGUGCAGAGCUCGCUAGCGCCGGAAAACCUCCGCGGCCUCGUCCCGGACAUCGAAGCCACCGUGAUCUCCAUGCUCGACUCGUGGGAUGGCCAUGUGGUGAAAACAUUUCAUGCAAUGAAGAAGUUCUCCUUUGAUGUGGGCAUCCUCACAAUUUUCGGUGGCCGACUAGAAGAACACUACAAACAAGAGUUGAAGAGGAACUACUUCAUCGUCGACAAGGGCUACAAUUCAUUCCCCAUUAACAUUCCUGGAACUCUAUUCCACAAAGCAAUUAAAGCCAGGAAACGGCUACGUCAGAUGCUGGGUGAGAUCAUGAGCGAGAGGAGGAAGAAAGGAGUGAUGGAGAAGGAUCUCUUAGGCUGCCUCAUGGACUCAUCAGGCGACAAAGAUGAGCACUUGAGUGAUGAUCAGAUCGCUGACAACAUCAUCGGUGUACUCUUUGCGGCGCAGGACACCACCGCCAGUGUCCUAACAUGGAUCUUGAAGUAUCUCCAUGACAACCCGAAGCUUCUCGAAGCCGUGAAGGCAGAGCAAAUGGGUAUACACGGGACCAACGGGUAUGGAAAGCAACCCUUGACAUGGACCCAGACCAGGGGCAUGGUCCUCACUCAUAGGAUUAUAUUGGAGAGUUUAAGAAUGGCAAGCAUCAUUUCUUUUACGUUUAGGGAGGCCGUGGUUGAUGUGGAGUACAAUGGGUACCUUAUCCCCAGGGGAUGGAAGGUGAUGCCUUUGUUCAGGAACAUACAUCAUAAUCCUGAAUUUUUCAGAGAUCCACAAAAGUUCGACCCUUCUAGAUUCAAGACUGCACCCAAACCCAAUACCUUUUGGCCAUUUGGAAACGGCGUUCACUCCUGUCCUGGCAAUGAGCUAGCCAAGCUUGAAAUAUUCAUCUUGAUCCACCAUCUGGUGGCCAAAUACAGGUGGGAAGUGGAGGGACCCCAAAGUGGGAUUGAGUAUAGCCCAUUUCUGGUCCCCAAGCAUGGUCUACCAGCCAAGUUGUGGAGAGCUUCGGUCAUAAGCAGCAGCGGCGCCGCCUAAUGGCAUCUGCCUGCACUUUAGAAAUCCGGCCAGGAGUGCGCAUUUUGCGCCACUUGACCUCACUAGAUGAAUCUCAGUGUCUAGAGCACCAAGUAGAGAGAGAGCCUCAAUUCCUAUCGCUUCUUGUGUAACAGAAUAUAUUAUAUUUAUGUUCGAUCAAGCGGAUCUCUAUCACUCUCGCAUGUCAUUUGGUCCCCCUUCCAACUAGUAAUUUGCAUUGCAAAUAUCCAUUUGGACAACGAAAUAACAUGUCAAUGUGAUAUCAUCCUCGA